AUGGCACCAAUCGCAAUUCCCACCCAUGAAAGCAUUCAAGAGAAAGACACUGUCCAGCCAAUCAAGGACACACUGGGCCUCCCCGAACCCGCCAGGAAGAGAUUAGAGAAAGCGGGCAUUGACCUAUCCAACGGCUAUCCGUAUAGGCCAGCGAAAGUGCGUGCAGUCAGCAUUGACGUGUACAAGAUCCGGGACUACGAUCGCGAAUUUGUCGAUCCGGGCACGCGUGCAGAUCCGGAAAAGAAGGCUCUCUUUGGUGCUGCGAAGGAAGUCAUCCAUUUGACCGCACAUAUUGGAACAGAGAUUGUAGGAUUACAAUUAAAGGAUCUCACAGCGCAGCAAAAGGAUGAGCUUGGAUUGUUGAUUGCCGAGCGAAGUGUUGUGUUCUUCCGAGACCAGGACAUUUCACCUCAGCAGCAGAAGGCGCUAGGUGAAUGGUACGGCGAGAUCGAAGUCCAUCCUAACAUCGAGAAGCCCCAAGUACCUUCCGUGCCCGGUGUUGUUGGUACGACUGUCAUAUGGCCUGCGCUGCAGGCGACAGAGAGAGCUGCAAGCUUCAGACAGACUGGUGGCGCAUCGCGCUGGCACACCGAUCUGGUGCAUGAGAGACAGCCGGCUGGUGUAACUCAUCUGCACAAUGACACGAUCCCAAAGAUAGGUGGCGAUACGCUCUGGGCUUCAGGCUAUGCAGCCUACGAGAAGCUCUCACCUGGCUUCCGUAAGAUCAUCGACGGAAGAGAAGCUGUUUACCGUAGCGCCCACCCGUACCUGGACCGAAAUGACCCCAAUGCAGGGCCAAAGUACGUUGAACGUGUGCAUCCACUCGUUCGCGUGCAUCCCGCGACUGGCUGGAAAGCUCUCUGGGUAAAUCGUGCGAUGACUGAUCGUAUCGUGGGUCUUGACAGGGCCGAGUCCGAUGUUAUUCUUAACUACCUCUACGAUGUUUACGAAAACAAUGUGGACAUUCAAGUCCGCUUCAAAUGGACGCCUGGAACAUCGGCCCUCUGGGACAACAGGAUCACCAUCCACAACGCGAGCUGGGAUUACGAAGGGAACGAACCAAGACACGGUACGAGGGUUACAGCGCUGGCGGAGAAGCCGUUCUUCAAGGCUGAUGCACCGACGCGCAGGCAAGCGCUCGGUCUUGCAGGUCCUGAGGAUAUUUGA